AUGACCACGCAGACCUUUGAAGCGAUACUCUUUGACAUGGACGGCACCCUGGUCGACUCGACCGCCGGUGUAGAAGGCGCAUGGUCGGAAUUUGCAAAGACGUAUCCCACCAUCGACGUGCACGACGUCCUAAGCAGCUCUCACGGUGUUCGCACCGUCGAGAACCUCAAGCGCUUCUGCGGGAUCACAGAUCCGGAAGAACUCGAGCGCGAAGCACAGCGUUUCGAGCAGGCCAUCAUAGACUCUUCCACGGCUUCAGGUAGACAAGGCAUCGUCCCGCUUCCUGGAGCACUUGCGUUGGUGUCCUCGAUAGCGUCUGAACCGAAGAGGUGGACGAUAUGUACGUCCGCCACGAAGGCUUAUGCUUCGCAGGCGCUCGCGGUAGCCGGCAUAACGCCGCCGGAAACGGCGGUAUAUGCUGAAGAUGUUGAGCAAGGGAAGCCUAUGCCUGAUCCAUAUCUUCUCGGGGCUAAGCGCCUCGGGAUCGACCCAGCCAAGUGUCUGGUCGUUGAGGACGCGCCAAACGGAGUUCGCAGUGGCAAGGCGGCCGGGUGCUCCGUGCUUGCUCUACUCACGACGCACUCGCGCGCAUCGCUUGAGGAGGGCAAGCCGGAUUGGAUCGUCAAUGACCUCUCAAGCGUUUCGAUGGAGGCUGGAGCCGACGGGGUGGUCGUAAAGCUUUCACCCUCGCCGUAG